GUUCCAACCAACAUUGCAAACAAACGAGGCGUUCGUUCGUUCGUCAACAUGCACCGAAGCCCCUGCCCCUGAGGGCAGAUGGUGUGUCCGAUCACUGCGUCUGUAAGCCUAAUGUGGCUAGCCCUCAGACGAAAAAUCGGCCAUUGCUCGUCCUCAAAGAGAAAAGCAAGACACCUUUCCAGCCAGCCAGACGGCAGAGCACAGCCAGACAGCAGGAGAGAGAGAGGAGAGGCCAGAAGGGCAACAAAGCAGGCAGGCCAGCCUCAGGCGCAGACAGAACGGGCAGGCAAAUAUUUAAGCAAAUAAAUAAGGCAUGGCAUGCAGGCGAUCUAUAAUGAGGUCAAUAAGACAAAACGGUCCCCUCCGCUUAGAGACUGGUAUCAAACAAACCAAGCAUCACUCACUGCCGUGGUACGGCUACCGCCUACAACACAACACAUUUGGGUGGGUGGAUACACACACACAUACAGCCAUAGGUAUCGACACACUCUCUCUCUCGGUAGGCUCUAUCUACCAAAUACACACACUACAUGCUAUGGACUACAGCACACGGCACUGUGCAUGCCCUAGGCAACGGGGGCAUCGUUGGUUCGGUUGAUGGCGUCGUGGCUCGUAACCACCACAUCGCCGCCCAUGAACUUGGAGAUCCACCGCAGACCGUCCUUGUGACCCUGCCAAGGCACAGGCAUCAACGAAGGCAACAGACACCACAUCAAAAUGCCUGCCUGCAUGGAUUUUCGCGGUGUCUAUCGGUGCGUGUGUGUGUUUUUUUUUAUGUCUACCUGCGCGCCCUCAAUUGAGCUGACCGCAUCUUCGAUCACACGCACGCUGUUGCCGCACACACACACACACACACACACACAUAUACUCAUUUCCCUGUCUGUGCCUGUUCGGCCGGGCCGUGCGUACGUGUAUUGCUGGUAGAAGGCAUCAAGGGCGGUUGCGAAGACGCAGUAGUUGGUGUUGAUGCCCGUCAUGAAGACCUCCUGGAUGCGGUGCUCCUUCAACACAUCAGACAAACGCGAUGGGGAGGUGAAACCUGACACGGAAAAUGGCGCAACACGCAUCGCAUUCCCUCCCUCCCUCUCUGUGAUCGAAUUCAUUGGAUGCCCUGCACACCCCACCCGAGUAGUUCCAUUUGUGCACGAAGACCAUGUUCUUGUCACGGAGCUCAGGGAUCAGUUCCGCGCCCUUGGUGCUCGCCCUACCCUGACGCACACACACACACGCACACUCACACACGGACUGGCCAUCGUAUCGUCUGUUUGUCCAGGGUGCGGUGCAUGGGUGCCCACCACAGUCGGAUAAAGUGUCGGCAGGGAGCUCUUGGAUGGGUCAGUGAUCCACAGCCUGACGUGCACGCGCAACGCAACACACAUGCAGCUCAGCUGGGUGCGGUGCGGUGCGGUGCGGUGCGGUGCGGUGCGGCCGCCCACUCACCUGCUGUCGACACAAAGGUCAAAGGCGUUGCUGUCGAUGAGCCGGCCUAUCGUAUCGAUGACCUGCUGCUUCCGAUACGACAGAUCUCCCACCUACGGGGGCAACAAACACACACACCCGCAUGAACUACCUGUGCGUCUGUGUGUUACCUGUUCCACACUCAUGUCAAUGACCACCAGAGCACUCCUUCGCGCCAUGGAUAAUGAGGGAACCAAGCUGCAGGCAGACACACAGACACACAAUGGGUGGGUGCAGGUGAUACGCUGGUGCCCUUCGCUGCCCGCAUCCCACCUAGCAAUGAUCAGAAGAGCAUAUGCAGCGAUGGACGGACCCUCCAGCAUGUAUAUAGCUAUUUGGAAGGACUGAGAACCUGAGGCACACACACAGCAAAACGGAGAUCAUGAUGAAUCGAAAGCGUCGGCUGUCCUGGCAUUCCCCACCCCUCCCACACACCAGCCGCCCAGCGAGGGGAGUGGAGAGGAGAGUGAUCUGCGACACACGGCUCCUGGCCCAAGGGGCGGAUUCCUUAUUCAGCCGGAGUGCGACAGCACGGCAGCUGGGGGACCCUGGUAGGAAUACCUAUCGCCUCGUAAGUGUUAGGGUGGGCCGAACAAAACAUCCAAGGCGACUGGGGCAUGUGCUUGUCCGUGAGGCUGUGUGUGGUUUUGUCUGGGCGACUUCAGUGAUUUAGGCAGGCAGGCAGUCAGGCACGCUCCUGACGGACGGACUGAUACCAAGGAAACCUCACAUUGAUGAUUAUGAUAUUGAGCAAAGCCGCGAGUGAUUAGACAGAUCAAGAUAAAGCCAUGACGGACGGACGGAUGGAGGGAAGUCGCAGGUAAUGCCUCACUGCACUGCAGGCCAGGCAGGCAUCAGUCAAAUGUGCCCUGACGGCACACACCACCGACGGACGGACGAUGAACACACACACCACUCUUGAUUGCAAUCACACCCAUUGCUCUUGUCUGUCUGCCGCGCUUCACAGUGAUCCAAUUGCUGCGAGUUUCCUCUCGGCCUGCAGCUGACGCAGCCGUUGCUGAUUGAUAGAAGGAAGGAGGAAGGAACACACAGCCACCAGACAGACAGAAUGACAGACGUGUGUGUGCACCGAUUCUCUCUCGUGUCACCGCCCAUCCGGCGCUGCUCACCUGGAGUCCCUGUUUGACCACCUCCAGCCGCAUCACUGGGUUCACCUGCUCCAGCGCCUGCACAACCACAUGCGCACCGUACACACACGCAUAGAUCUAUCUGCUGCGUGAAGCAACCAGAGUCGGUCCGUCCGCCCGUCCUUCCAUACCCAGUAUCGUGUUUGUGUGUCGAAGUGGUAUUCCAUUGCGCAGAAGGACACCCACGAGAGGAUCCUGUCGCCGCUCACGGCUGACUCCAGCUCCAGGAAACUGUCAACCUGAUCAAGACAUCCAUGAUAGAUGCUGGGCAUGCUCACAGGGACCUGGCGAGUGCAGUGCAGUGCAAGGGUGUGGUGUUUGCGUGUGCAUCCCUAUCUACCUUUGCUGUGAGUGGUUGCCGCUUGGCGGCUUUGUCGGCCAGCUCCCAUUUCGACUGCAGCCGCCUACACACCCGCAGCGCAUAGUGAGUGUACAGGUGUCAUCCACCCAACCAAACACGCGAACGUCCAGGUGCGGUGCGGUGCAUUGACCUACUUGACUUCGGCUUCCUCGGCAUUGCACCGGUCGUACAGCCUGCCCACCCCACCCCCACGCAAUGGGUCAUGGUUGCCCGCGUGAAUGGGUGCAGGUGUGUGCAUCUUGCAACACACCUGUACACGAUUUGCAUGGUUUCCUCAGCGAGUGGCGGCAGGUUGUCCUUGAACGGCUCCUCGUCCUGCAGCAGCGAUGCGUGAACCUGAACACACACACACACACACACACACAGAUACACGCGCACACACACAUACGGGCGCGCUGCGUGUGGGUGGAGAGCACCGACGUAUGACGUACGUACGUACGUACCACCAGUUUGCUCGUGGCUGAGACGACUUUCCUGAUCUGCAUGCGGCCGACGAGGCGAAUCACCACCUCGCCCUUGGUGUACAGAGUGGUCGGGUCAACCAGCUGACACAGACAGCCACACAACACACACAUACACACACACAGACAUACAUACAUACAAGAGCCGUCGGUGCGUUCGUUCACUUGUGUGUAGGUGCGUACCUCUGCGAGCGCCCCGACGGGCAUGACUCUGAUAGGCCGGUUCUCGACGUUCUUCUCGACAAAGCCCAGGGGCACGAUGUGCACCUUGUCAUUCGACCCCCUGUUGGCUCGCAUGGCGUCCCUGUUGGCCAAUCAAUCGGCGAGUCGAGUCGCCACACACGUAAAAACAUACACAUCGACGCAUACGCAUCAUUGUAGUUUGUUGGUGUGCGGUGCGCACCUGAAUUUGUCGACGUCCUGCCUGUCGAGCUCCAGGAUGGUGCGCUGCCCGGGAACCUGACAGACAGACAGACAAGAGCACACACACAGACAUACGGACUAUACUUUGCCUGUCUGCCUGGCUGUGUCAGCUCGUGUGCGUGCCUACGAUGGGUGUGUCAGGCUCCAUGAGCAAAGUGACAAUCUCCAAGUCACGGGAAGUGCCCUCCUGCACAAAGAAGACCAACACAGAACAGAAACGAUCAUGGACGGACGUACACUCCCAUACCCUCACGAUCUUACCUCCUUCCAUGUGUCGAGCCACUCCUGUGUAGCAGUAACGAGAUUCUUCGGUGGCGCGGGCGGUGCAGGCCGGUCGGCGGGAGGAACCCACAGCUCACUGCCGGACGGAACACUCACCAUAGACGGCCGCAUCCGCAUCCGCCGAAGUCGUCGCUCAGACGGCAUCCUCGUUGAUGAAGGCGGGACGAAGGCACAGCCGAUGUGCAUGUAGAGAGAGAUGAGGAGCAACAGAUGGAUGGACGGAAAGCGGUCAGCGGCGAGCGUUGUGUGUCGUCGUUGAUGUGGCCGUCUCCUUUGCCUCCUGCUAAGUGCAUCUCCAUCUUGCCGAGGGUCAUCGCCUGCCGAGCUGACGUUGUGAGGUGCUGAUCUUCGAAAGUGACUGAUGCCAUGCACGAGUGCCUCCAUAACGACGUCGCUUGUGGCCCUGAAGAUGGCAGAUCUCUCCCUUUUGAGCUUAGCUCGCAAUGGCG